AAUAAAUUGAAUCAGCUCUCUUUGGCUUAACCAGGCACGCUGCAGCGAGCUAUUGGAGAGAAUCAGACCGCCUUUGCGCAGGGAACAGGAAGAGAAGGCAAUAUUAUUCUUGAAGAAUACUUCGUGCAGAAAGAUAUCCGGAUUGUUGACACCAGAGGAUUUUUUGCCAGAGAUGAAAAGCUUCAAGAUGAGGUGCUCGAUAUUAUCACGGGAAGAAUUCGCCUAGGAGAAGAAAUCAAACGAGACUAUGAUGAUCCCGUGAACCAGUCUAGGGAUGAAUUCCAGGAGCUGAACACCAUGGCGAGAAAAACUGCAGCGUUUUCUAAAUGCAUCCACGCUGUGAUUCUUGUCCUGAAAGCCAACGAUCCUCGAUUGGAAGAAGGCAUUUAUAAAGGAACGCUUCAGAAGAUCAGGGACCAUUUUCGGACUCACGGUAUUUAUCCAGUUACUGUGAUUACCUUCCUGGAUAUGCUUAAAGCUGAAGAAGUCAAAAAGAAAGCUUCUGAAGAGGCGGGCUUGGCGACCGGCGGUCCCGGCGGGAGAACUUACUUCAUCACAAACUACACACACGAAAAUAACAAGACGUCCUUUGCUGUGGAACGAACGGCUCUUGACAUCCUAGAUUCCGCUCUGGUCUCUGCUGAAAGCUUUAUACGAAUCCGUAAACAGCGAGAGAGAAAUCAGAUGGAAAGGGAAGCCAUGGCUGGAGGAGCUUCUAGUGGUGUGGUGACUGUGGAACAGUUUUUUGCCCGUGUGAAGACGAAACACCACUGGACUGACCAGGGAAAGACGACAGCUGUGUUGGAAGACCUGCGCAGAAAGGAGAUCAAUACUGUCAAGGCCCUCAAGGAACUCUGGGACGACGUCAAGUCAGAGCUGCCAUUGUCAGCUGGCAUGAAGAAGAUCAUGGAUGACGAAAUAAAAACCAUUAUUUAAAGUGUAAUAGAUAAAACAGCGGAACUAGCCCGAAGGGUACAAAUCUUUGGUCUAGAACAGAUUUACAUCUUGAAACGAGAAAUUCAGAAGCUAAUGUAGAUUUUAGGUAAGACUGACUUUAGAUUACAGAAAAGGUUGACGUUAAGAAAACAGUCAAUCUUACUUAACAAUGGGAAACCAAAGGUGUGGUAGAAUAGUCUUAAAUGAGAUAACAGGAGGCUUUGUACCUUAUUUUAUUAGUGUGGAAAUGGAUCGUAGAAAUAGCAACUUUCCAAUAUUUCUUCUUUCCCCUCCACCAUUAGGGUCGUUACGUGAACACACGCUCCUUUGCAUGCAUGUUUUUAUGGUUAUCUUCCAAAACCAAUCACUUCUGGAUAACGACAUGCUGCUUUAGGGUUAUAUUCUUUGCAGUGAAACAAUUUUUUGUUGUUGUCCUGGCCCAUGUUGUGAAAGAUGGCCAAUUAGUAGGUCUACAGUGUAUUUGUAUUAUCACGUUAACCAACUUCGUACCCGGGCCCUCUCUUCAGAAACAUGGAGAAGAGAUACCUUGCGAACGAGGUUGUACGAACCUUACCUGUAUCUUACCUGUACCUUACCUGCACUUUACCUGUACCUUACCUGUAACCGGCAAAAGGUUCUUGAGGAGCUUUAUGAGAUAUCCAGUGGCUACCAAAACUCUUAACUUGGUUUGACUUGAUAUGGGUAGAAAAGCAAACAGACCAGUCUAUUCAUACGCCAAGAAUAAAGCUACAUCUAUUUAAUUUUACUCAGUUUGAUUAGCUUUUACGUCAUUCUUGGUGAAUUUGCCUAAUUUUCUGCUUUAUUUAUCUUUUCUUGUAACCAAGAGUUUAUCUAUUUGGUAACAAAGUGACUUAUUGUU